AUGGAUUCCAACCAAACAAUCCCUCUGUCUGAACGGACAGGUAUCUCCUCGCAUGAGACGCUCUUCCUAGAUGCCAUGAUCCCAGGAUACUCGCUAGUCUCACGCUUCCUGCUAUCAUACCUCAAGAUCGAUCUCGCAGCUUAUCUCCAACAACUGAUUUUUUUGGUUAUGGUUGGUGCUGCCACCAAAUAUGCCAUUUCAUACAUCAGCGAUUUUGUCAAGGAGUAUCUGGUCUCCACUGCAGAGAUUCGCUUGGACGAUGAAACAUUCAACUACUUCAUGUACUGGAUCUCACGACAGCCACACAUGAAACGCACCAACCGCUUUGUUGCUGGUGUGAAGUCCAACGGCUACUGCAGCGAGGGGGAAUCUGAGGAUGAUGACAACAACCCAGACCAGGAUAAUGGCGAGUGGGAUGAGCCCGGUAGCGCUGAUGGCGUCUCCUGGGAUGAAUACUGGGCCAAGGUCAUGAGUCGCGACAAGUACAAGCCCCUUCGCUUUACUCCAUCCCAGGGCCGUCAUAUAUUCUGGUAUAAGAGGAGGCCCUUGAUGCUAGAGCGAAGGCAUCAGACCAGCAGCCACAGAUACGUCUUGAAUAAUGAGCGACUCUACCUUUCUUGUCUCGGUCGCGAUGCAUCUAUCCUUCGAACUGUCUUGAACGAGGCACAGCAGGCAUAUGUGCAGCGGGAUGGGAACCGCACGAUCAUCUACCGUGGUACUAACCGCUACUAUUCCCGUGGUGCAUGGGACUGGGCUCGGUGUAUGGCCCGGUCGCCGCGGCCGCUGUCGACGGUUGUGCUCGACCCACGGCAGAAGGACGAAUUCAUUGACGAUAUCAAAGAGUAUCUUCAUCCGCGUACCCGUCGCUGGUACUCGAACCGUGGGAUUCCAUAUCGACGUGGAUAUCUUCUACACGGUCCCCCUGGUACAGGAAAGACCAGUCUAUGCUUCGCUGCGGCGGGUCUGUUUGGCCUGAAGCUUUACCUUCUCAAUCUGAACUCCAAGUCUCUUGACGAAGAGAGCCUUGCUUCUUUGUUCUCCGAAUUGCCAAACAGAUGUAUCGUCCUUCUUGAGGAUGUUGACACGGCUGGGAUCACCAAGACCCGUGGUAAGACCAUUGCAGAUAUCGAUUCUAAAGAGAGCGAGGAUGACGCCGACCUCGAGGAGGUUCCCGCCGAGGAGGUCGAUGCCAUCGUCGUUGAGGAAGCUGUUAGUACUGACAAGGCCGAUGGAAUCACCCUGUCAGGCCUGUUGAAUGUGAUUGACGGUGUCGCUGCCAGCGAGGGACGUAUUCUCGUGAUGACUUCGAACCACCCGGAGAAGCUAGACGCAGCACUCCUUCGCCCUGGCCGAGUGGAUAUGAGGGUUGCCUUUGGAUAUGCCAGCAAGAUGGCCAUCGAGGAGCUCUUCAGCUCAAUCUAUAUGGCAAUGGAUGGGGACUCUCCUCGCACGUCCGCUGCCCAGCGCACCAAAAACGGGAAUUCGAAGCUCGCUAACAGUUUUUCCACCCCCAAUGGACAUACACGGAGCAAGAGCCUAGAGUUGCUGGAAAUAGAAGUGAAAGAGAAAGAAGCGCAUCAGACUUACCUCACAGAAUUGCGCUCUCGCAUAAAUACGCUGGCCAAGGAAUUUGCAUCAAUCAUUCCGGCUGAUGAGUUCACUGCUGCUGAAAUUCAGGGAUAUUUGCUCAACUAUAAAAACACCCCCGAGGUGGCCAUUAAGGGCGCAGGAGAUUGGGCGAAUACCCUACGGGAGAAGAAAAAAAGGCGCGAAGAAAAGCGUGUUUAG